UUAGUCAUGGGCUAAAGUCAUCUUUAAAAACAGCGAGAAUGUCUUCCGUUGACAUGGACUUGAAGAAGUAUCUGUCCCGCAUUGGGUAUGCGGGCCCCGUGGAGCCCAGCCUGGACGUGCUGCGGGCGGUCCACAUCCGCCACCUGCUGUCGGUUCCGUUCGAAGACCUCACGAUACACAGCGGCGGACGAGUCAGACUCGAACCCCCUCUUCUGUUCGACAAGAUAGUGAACCAGCGCCGGGGAGGGUUCUGCUGUGAAAACAACGGCCUCUUCUCGUGGCUGCUCAGAAACAUGGGCUUCCAGGUCACCGUGGUCUCGGGCCAGGUGAUGAGCAAGAACACAGGUCGUUACGGGCCACCUUUUGAUCAUCUUAUCAACAUGGUGACCCUCGACGGGUGUCGCUGGCUGUGUGAUGUCGGGUUCGGUUCCUCAGGCUUCAGCGCCCCCCUUUCACUGGACAUCAAUGGCCCCCAGGAGCAGGGCCACAGAGUUUACCGCAUCAGAGAGGACAAGGGGAUGCUCUUUCUGGAGUGGCAGGGGGAGGAGAACAAGGGGCCGGAUGGAAUGUGGGCAGAGAUCUACAAGUUCACACUUGAACCUCGGUGUUUGGAGGACUUUGUGGAGAUGUGCCAGUACCACCAAAGCUCUCCAUACUCCAUCUUCUUCUGCAAGUCCCUCUGUACGAUGUUAAAGCCAGGUGGAAGGCUCACCUACAUUGGCCACAGACUGACCACCACCACAUAUCCAACAGAUGGAACAGAGUUGGAAACCACAACCAGGGAGCUGAAAGAUGAGGAGAUCCCGGGUAUCCUAGCAGAGCAAUUUGGAAUUGUACUGAAUUCUCCUCUCAUACCAAAGGAUGAGACAGUCACACCAGUACCAGUCAUGUAUUAAUGUUUCCACACGGGAUAUCUUAAGACCUGCCGAGGCAAAAUUAUAUGAACAAUCUUCUCAUUGAAAUGACAGCAACAGCUAUGAUCCAAGAUUUUCAAGUACAUUUUGAAUAAUCUGCUGCAUGGUGUGUGGCUCAGAUCAUAAAACAAAAACCAAAAUAAAGAUAAAUUGUCA